AUGAACAAACCGGUAACACCAUCAACAUAUGUGCGCUGCCUCAAUGUUGGACUAAUUAGAAAGCUGUCAGAUUUUAUUGAUCCUCAAGAAGGAUGGAAGAAGUUAGCAGUAGCUAUUAAAAAACCAUCUGGUGAUGAUAGAUACAAUCAGUUUCAUAUAAGGAGAUUUGAAGCAUUACUUCAAACUGGAAAGAGUCCCACCAGUGAAUUACUGUUUGACUGGGGCACCACAAAUUGCACAGUUGGUGAUCUUGUGGAUCUUUUGAUCCAAAAUGAGUUUUUUGCCCCUGCGAGUCUCUUGCUACCAGAUGCUGUUCCCAAAACUGUUAAAACGCUGCCUUGUAAAGAAGCUGUAACAGUUGAGCAGAAUCAGAUGCCUCUAUAUAAUAAAGACAGGUCAUUUGUGAAACCUGUGCGGAAUCCUGAGCAAAAUUAUACACCACCUGACUCCUCCAAUACAGAAAGUUUAGAAGUUAGUGAUACACGUUUUCACAGUUUUUCAUUUUACGAAUUGAAGGACGUCACAAAUAACUUUGAUGAGAGACCCAUUUCUGUUGGUGGCAACAAAAUGGGUGAGGGCGGAUUUGGAGUUGUUUAUAAAGGCUAUGUGGACAACAGAACUGUGGCUGUGAAGAGGCUUGCAGCAGUGGUUGACAUUAGUAAUGAAGAAUUGAAACAACAGUUUGAUCAAGAAAUAAAAGUAAUGGCAAAGUGCCAACAUGAAAAUUUAGUAGAACUACUUGGUUUCUCAAGUGAUGGAGAUGACCUCUGCUUAGUAUAUGUUUACAUGCCUAACGGUUCAUUACUAGACAGACUGUCUUGCCUGGAUGGUACUCCACCACUUUCUUGGCACAUGAGAUGCAGGAUUUCUCAGGGUGCAGCUAAUGGCAUCAGUUUUUUACAUGAAAACCAUCAGAUUCACAGAGAUAUUAAAAGUGCAAAUAUCCUACUAGAUGAAGACUUUACAGCCAAAAUAUCUGACUUUGGGCUUGCACGGGCUUCUGAGAAGUUUUCCCAGACAAUCAUGACUAGCAGAAUUGUGGGAACAACAGCUUAUAUGGCACCUGAGGCUUUGCGAGGAGAAAUAACACCCAAAUCUGACAUCUACAGCUUUGGUGUGGUUUUACUAGAAAUAAUAACUGGACUUCCAGCUGUGGAUGAACAUCGGGAACCUCAGUUGUUGCUAGAUAUUAAAGAAGAAAUUGAAGAUGAAGAAAAGACAAUUGAAGAUUAUGUUGAUAAGAAGAUGAAUGACAUUGAUUUCACUUCCAUUGAAACUAUGUACUCUGUUGCCAGUCAAUGUCUGAAUGAAAAGAAAAAUAAGAGACCAGACAUUAAGACGGUCCAACAGCUGCUGCAAGAAAUGAUGGCUUCUUAA